AUGAUGUCCAUAAAAGCUAUCAAAGUUGCGGUCAUCGGAUGUGGAAUUUCAGGGGCAGUUUGUGCAUCAACACUGGCCAAAAAUGGAAUAUCAGUCACGGUGUUCGAUUCGGGUCGAGGCCCAGGAGGUAGAAUGUCCCAAAGAAGAGAAAUAGCUGAAGAUGGGAGAGAGCUAUUGUUUGACCACGGUGCCCCUUACUUCACGGUAAGCAAUCAUGAGGUUCUGGGGCUAGUCCAGGAAUGGGAAUCAAGUGGCAUUGUUGCUCCAUGGAAUGAAAAGUUUGGGUCCUUUGAUUUCUCUUCCAAAAAAUUUCUCAACUUGGAGGAAGAGGAAGCACCAACCCAGAAAUAUGUUGGUGUCCCUGGAAUGAAUUCUAUAUGUCAUGCUUUAUCUGCAGAACCUGGCGUGACAAGUAGAUUUGCGCAAAGUGUUGCAAGGGUUGAAUGGUUGGCGUCUGAAGAUUCAUGGUCAUUGACUGGCAUCAAUGGUGAAGAUCUUGGUCAAUUUGAGGGAGUCGUGGCUUGUGAUAGGAACUGCUUUUUUUCCAGAUUUGCAAAUGCAGCUGGAUCACCAACACCUUUUGAUUUGAGCAUGGAACCAGAAUUAGCUUCGCAGCUUAAAGACAUUACCGAUAUUUCAUGCUACACGGUUAUGCUCGCAUUUGAACAGCCCUUGACAUCGAUACCUAUAAAGGGCAUCUCAUUCAAAAAUUCAGAAAUUCUGAGCUCCGCAUACUGCGACAGUAGUAAACCUUGGCGUUCAGAUUCCAGUGAAAUGUGGGUGCUGCAUUCAACAGUCAAGUAUGCUGAAGAUAUAAUUGUUCAAUGCGGCCUGCGGAGGCCUUCCAUUGCAAUGCUUUCAAAAGUUGCAGAAGAACUUCUCCAAGAGCUGCAAAGAACCGGACUUCAUAUCCCUCGACCAUUCUUCCUGAAAGCUCACGGAUGGGGAAGUGCCUUUCCAUCUAAAACCACAGCAGCUCAGGAGAAGUGUCUCUGGAAUGGAAAUAAGAGACAAGCAAUCUGUGGUGACUUCUGUGUCAGCCUAAAUGUUGAGGGUGCAAUACUGAGCGGCUUAGCCGCAGCUUCCAAGUUUACUGAACUCAUCAGUUCUAAUAAUUCUUAA